GGCCAGGGUGUCCGGUGGAGGGGGCGGCGCCCUCCGCGUCUCCGUGACUGCGCCCGCGGCUCGCCGCGGCUCCCGGGAUGCGCGGAGGCGGCGGCGAUGGCGACGAUGCCUCUAGCCCUACAGCAUCCGGGGCGGCGGGCGGAGCCGGGGUCGGGACUGCUAGAUGGAGGAGGACGGGCGGCGCUGCGGCCACCCGGCAGGCUUAUCUGCCUUGGGCCUCUUUUGUCACAUGUCGCUCAUCUGUGAGUUGAGGCCCUGACUCCCUUCCCACUGAGCAUUUUUGGGGAACAGAAGGAGGAGACAUUUCUCUCUGAAGAUGAACUCAACAGACCCUCUCCGGGAUGCCCCCAAUGCCACCUCGCUGCACGACCCUCGCUCGCAAGGAGGAAACAGCACCUCGCUCCAGGAGGACCUUCAGGAUCUCAUCCACACAGCCACCUUGGUGACCUGUACCUUCCUGCUCGCAGUCAUCUUCUGCCUGGGCUCCUACGGCAACUUCAUUGUCUUCUUGUCCUUCUUUGAUCCAGCCUUCAGGAAAUUCAGAACCAACUUUGAUUUCAUGAUCCUGAACCUGUCGUUCUGUGACCUCUUCAUUUGUGGAGUCACGGCCCCCAUGUUCACCUUUGUGUUAUUCUUCAGCUCAGCCAGUAGCAUCCCGGAUGCCUUCUGCUUCACCUUCCAUCUCACCAGCUCAGGCUUCAUCAUCAUGUCCCUGAAGACGGUGGCAGUGAUCGCCCUGCACCGGCUCCGGAUGGUGCUGGGGAAGCAGCCUCAUCGCACGGCCUCCUUUCCCUGCACUUUGCUUCUCACUCUGCUUCUCUGGGCCACCAGUUUCACCCUCGCCACGUUGGCUACCCUGAAAACCAGCAAGUCCCACCUCUGUCUUCCCAUGUCCAGUCUGAUUGCUGGGAAAGGGAAAGCCAUUUUGUCUCUCUAUGUGGUCGACUUCACCUUUUGUGUUGCUGUGGUCUUUGUCUGUUACAUCAUGAUUGCUCAGACCCUGCGGAAGAACGCUCAAGUCAGAAAGUGCCCCCCUAUCAUCACAGUGGAUGCUUCCAGACCACAGCCUUUCAUGGGAGCCCCUGUGAAGGGAGCCGGAGAUCCCAUCCAGUGCGCCAUGCCGGCUCUAUACAGGAACCAGAAUUACAACAAACUCCAGCACAUUCAGGCCCACGGAUACACCAAGAGUCUCAACCAGCUGCCCACGCCUGCAGCCAGCCGACUCCAGCUGGUCUCAGCCAUCAACCUCUCCACCGCCAAGGAUUCCAAAGCCGUGGUCACCUGUGUGAUCAUUGUGCUGUCAGUCCUGGUGUGCUGUCUUCCACUGGGGAUUUCCUUGGUACAGGUGGUUCUCUCCAGCAAUGGGAGCUUCAUCCUUUACCAGUUUGAACUGUUUGGAUUUACUCUUAUAUUUUUCAAGUCAGGAUUAAACCCUUUUAUAUAUUCUCGGAACAGCGCGGGCCUGAGAAGGAAAGUGCUCUGGUGUCUCCAGUACAUCGGUCUGGGUUUAUUCUGCUGCAAACAGAAGACUCGACUUCGAGCCAUGGGGAAAGGGAACCUUGAAGUCAACAGAAACAAAUCUUCCCAUCAUGAAACCAACUCUGCCUACAUGUUGUCUCCAAAGCCACAGAAGAAAUUUGUGGACCAGGCUUGUGGCCCAAGUCAUUCAAAGGAAAGUGUGGUAAGUCCCAAGAUCUCUGCUGGACAUCAACACUGUGGGCAGAGCAGCUCAACCCCGAUCAACACGCGAAUCGAACCUUACUACAGCAUCUAUAACAGCAGCCCUUCCCAGGAGGGGAGCAGCCCCUGUAACCGACAGCCAAUAAACUCUUUUGGAUUUGCCAAUUCAUAUAUUGCCAUGCAUUAUCACACCACUAAUGAUUUACUGCAGGAAUACGACAGCACUUCAGCCAAGCAGAUUCCAGUCCCCUCUGUUUAAAGUCAGAGAGGCUAGAAAAUCUUGUGUAUAUGGUUUUUGUUACUGAUAUUAAUUGACUUUUUUUAAACUUUGAGAUCAGUGGCCGAUCAAAAGAUUCAGGUAAAAAGUCGGCAGUUACGAUUUUCUUUUGUUUAAAGUAUUAAUAUCUGUUGAUUUGCUUUGUAGUUUCUUGACAUUUUAAGAUUUGAUGAAAAAGUUUAUUUAGAUUUUUUACCCUG